AAAAACCUCCGCUCCCCUCCUGCCCGACCUAUUUGCUCUCUCAGGCGGCGGCGGUGGCUGGGCCGGGCCUGGCCUUCAUCCCGCUCCCUUCAUCCGCCAAUCCCAAGACUAAAGCGCCGCUGAGCGAAGGAGCAGCCCGUCCUUUUGCCUUGCCCAAGAGGGCAACCCUCAUCUCGGCAAGGUAAACCGCUGCGAAGGAGCCGGGAGAGAGCCCUCCUCUCUUGGGAAGCCGCUUGUUUCGCUCCGAGGCCGGAGAGCCGCCAAGGAAGAAUUUCCUCAGGUCGAGGAGGAGGAAAGUUGUGUGUGCUCGUGUGAAUGCGCGAGUUCCGGGGAGGGAAGGAGAGAGACCGGGCAAGGGACUGAGGUGGCUAAGCAGUUCGCGGAGGCAGAGGCGAGUGUGAGGAAGCGAAGUUUUGUUUAUUUACUGUAUUUGCACGGCUGAGAGGACGAGGCGGGUGGCAACCUGAGCCACAUUAGCAGUUCAUCCCCCGUUGGCUGGCUGUGUAUUAGCCGGGGGUUUGAAGCCAGCCAGGUACAUAUAUAAUCUCGGGCUGCCCGCGAAGAGCGGCCUGCAGCGCCCGGGGCAAGCGGGAGGCGAUGCUGGGAGAGAGCCCGGCCGCUUCCUCAGGCUCCGGCGGCGGCGGCGGCGGGGUCUUCUGUCACGUGACGCCCAGGGCGCCCCUGAGGAGAACCGCCUCUCAAGAUGGCGGCGGUGGCAGUGGCGGCAUCGCCUCUACUCCGCUCAGCAGUUCCACUCCUUAUUCCCGCCCGGCCGGGAGGAAGCCGCCGCGGCGGGGAGUGACUUUCUCCGAGGAGGUGCUGGAGCACCCGGCGAGGAGGCUGCGGAGGAGAAGGAUGAGGGGAGCGGACGACGAGGAGGAGGAGCACGAGCACGAGCAGGAGGACGACGAAGGGGAGCCGAGCGAGGAAGCGACCCUCGCCGCGCCCUACAGCCUGCGCUCGGCCCGGAGGCCCCACCCGCCGACGCCGUUCAGGAGGCCCGAGAGGGCGGAGGACCGGCAGGCCCCGCGAGAAGCCUCGUCCGCCUCCUCGGAAGGGAGUAAAAACAUCUUGGGAAUUGCAGAUGACUCUGAGCUUGUUCGACCAGCUCUUAGAAGAAGUCCAAGGAGAGGGAUUCCUUAUGACCAAGCCAGAGACUCUACAAGAAAUAAAUCAGAACAUGAAGCAAAUGAAGUGGAGAGUGAAAACAGACCUGAAAUCUGGCAUGAUAAUUUUCAGUCAGUUAGCAGAUUUAAUGAAGAUGCACAUUAUUCUGUUCAGAAACCACAAGGGCUUAAUCAGAAGACAAAGUUAAGAGUGAGAACGCAAGCCCAUGUGCCAAAGAAACAACCACGUGUUGCUCCCAAAAGUUCUAAACAGUCUAAUCGGGGACACACAUUUGCAUGGAUUCUGCCACUUAUAGUAGCAGUAGUUGUUUGCCUUGCUGGUGGUGGAUGGUAUGUGCUUCAGUAUUCAUCAUACCGUAGUUUGGAAAAUAACCAAGUCCUGCGAACUGAAGCCCUGAAAGCAUUUCAGAAACAAAUGAGAGCUCUCAUGAGCAGCUACCCAAGUCAAGACAAAAAGUUGUGGAAGAGAAUCCAAAUCAUCUUGGAGAAACGCCUCAACUCUUCUCAACCGUAUUUGAAACCAGCUAUUUUAUUGUUCACUGCUGCAAAAGAAGCUGAAGAUGCCCUGAAAUGUUUAAGCAACCAGCUUGCUGAUGCUUUCUCAUCCUCGCAGCACGCUUCUACAAUAAAAAUUGAUGGGGCCAGCAAAGCUACUCUAGACAGUGAUGAUGUCAAACUCCUUGUGGACGACGAGUUGAGUUCUGGGUUCAAGGGAGGCAGGAAGGUGGCAGUAGUGCAUCGAUUUGAGUCACUGCCUGCUGGUUCCACCCUGAUAUUUUACAAGUACUGUGACCAUGAGAAUGCAGCAUUUAAGGAUGUUGCUCUACUUUUAACUGUUCUUCUGGAUGAGGAAACUCUAAGAAAGGACCUUAGCCCACUGCAAGUUGAGGAGAAAGUGAGGGACUUCCUCUGGGCUAAAUUUACCAACUCAGAUGUGCCAGGUUCCUAUAAGCACAUGGACACAGACAAACUGAGUGGGCUGUGGAGCCGCAUAUCCCACCUGGUCUUACCUGUGUGGCCUGAAAAUGUCCUUCCUCAGGAAAACUGUUUGCAGGUGAAAUAAUAUUUUUGUAAGAGAGAAUGAAAACAAUACAGCAUGUACAUCUAUUAAUGGCUGGAUAGGGUGUGUAUUUCCAGCUUGGUAAUCAGAACUGACUCAUAGGUGUGUGCUUCAAAAUUUUAAAUCUGAUUUAUUCCUUUCCAAAGAAGAUGGAAAUUCACAUAUUAAGAACUUGUAGAGCUCUACAAGUUCUUAAUAUGUGUAUUUCCAGCUUUAUGUGACACUCCUGUAAUUCGUAGAGGUCAGAACCUUUCAUCUCAAAAGAAUAUUGAUUACAAUACCACUUAACAAUUUGAAGUCCUUUCAGAGAAUGUUGCAAAUGGGAGCAACAAGUUAAUGAAUAAGCACAUGGUUCUGUCUUCUUUGUACUUGAAGUGUAUUAGAAUAAAAUGCAAACUCAAAGCUGUCACUAAGACUUCGUAUAUCUAGUAACAACUCUGUCAUCCGUUUACCAAAAUCUCAGAUGGACUAAGUCUCCUGUAAUUGCAGGCUCUUAGAGUUUGCUUUAGCCAUGUCCUGUUGUUGGGUUUGAUUAACAUAAUGAUGCAAUUCAAAUUUCUAGUCAGGAGUGGCAGGCCACACACAAACACAAAUGCCCUGUCCGGAUUGUAACUUUGGGAUUGACUUCACAGUGCCAGUAUUUUUAAUCCAGAACUACAAGGCUCGUCAAUCUGUGUUGAUCCACUGCCAGACUGACCAAUAUGAAUUUCCUUUUGCAUGUGGGAGUCCCAGGUGGACAAGAUGCAGCCUUUGUAAACACACAUUUAUUUUUGCACUUGCCCAAAAAGGAGUGAAGGAAACACUGAUUUAGAUUAAUCCAUAGUUCAAUCAACAUUUUUAAAAGUGUUGAACUGGUGUGCUUCAGUGUCCUUUCUCAAAAUAAUUCACUCUUCUGAAACAUAUAUAUUAAAUUUGAAAUAUUAUUUUAGAUAAGCACAGAUUUUAAUAGUGCCUUUGCGCUGGGCAGAACUUAUUUAUUGCAGAAAUGAAGACUAAAGCCCCCCCCCCAACUCCUUGUUUGGAUUCCUGCCCCGCAAGAUAGAACUUUCCAUGUAAAAUUUGAAUCUGACAACUGGUAAAGCGUGACAGCCCACAUAUUUUGAAUGCUUCAUUCCAGAAAGCCUUACAGCUUAUGUCAGGCUAUACUUCUUAAUUGUAUAUGAAUGUAUGUACUUGAAUGCAAAUGGUAAUGUGCAAACCUCAGGACUUUGAUACUUACUGAUUCUUAUGUAAUUGAGCCACUUGGAUUUUACUGUGUUUGAGAAGCUUGCAAAACCUGCAUUUUCGAAAUAUGUUCUCAGCACAAUUGUCCUCCUUGCUUUUUGAAGAUUCACCAGAGUGCCAUUCUUUGUCCCCAAGUAUAUCUACAGUAAGUGGAUUUUAACCGCAGAAACUAUGGCCGCCUCUGGAAGUGCUAGGAAAGCCCCUGGCCAUGUUCUGUAGAGUGUUAUUUCUUUCUUUGGGAGCUUUUGCACAUGGUGCAGCUACACAUUCCUUCCUGACUCACAGUCAGAAAUGCUUUAUUGGCUUAUAUUAAAACUGGCUGUCAUAC